AUGGCGAACGAAGGUCGCAAGCUCACUAUCCUCUUUCUCCCCUACUUCUCUGCCAGCCACAUGGUCGCCCUGGUUGACACAGCCCGGCUCUUUGCCGCUCGUGGCGUCACCGCCAUCAUCAUCACGACCACCGGCAACGCUGGACUCUUCGAAGCGUCUGUUCGCCACGACACCGCUGCUGGCCACGAAAUCUCCGUUCGUGCGCUUAAAUUUCCAGCGGCCGAGGUGGGGUUGCCCGAAGGCAUUGAGAACUUUAGCCAGUGCAUCCCGUCCAUGUCAAGGAAUCUCUACAACGGCAUCGCAUUACUUCAGAAACCCAUGGAGCAGCUCAUCCGUGAGAUUCGACCCGAUUGCAUCGUCUCGGAUAUGUUCCACCCUUGGACAGUCGACCUGGCCGAGGAGCUCAAAAUUCCAAGGGUCAUCGUGUACCCAUGUCUCGCUUUCCCUAGAUGUGUCUAUGAUAGUUUGAAGGUUCAUGAACCUCAUAAAAAGGUACAGUCUGAAACUGAGGAUUUCCUGAUUCCUGGCCUACCUGAUAAGAUUCAUAUGGCGCGUUCAGAGUUAGAGGAGCACUUGAAGACCAAAUCGUCGCCCUAUGGGGAUUGGUUUGAUUCCGCCAUAGAAGCAGAGCAUCGUAGCUAUGGCGUAAUUUUUGGCAGUUUUUAUGAACUAGAGCCUAGUUACAUCGAUCACUUUAAGAAAUCCACCGGAGUAAAUUGUUGGAGCUUGGGGCCCCUCUCCCUCUUCGCCAACAAGGGCAAAAUCGGAAAUGAGAACAACUCAGAAACGAAGAGGCACCAUUGUCUUAGUUGGCUCGACACUCAAAAGCCCAAUUCUGUCCUCUACACCUGUUUUGGAGGCAUGGUCCGAUUCUCCGAUUCCCAACUCACCCAGCUUGCACUCGCCCUCGAAUCAGCUAGUUACCCAUUUGUUUUGGUGGUGAGAAGGGAGGAGGAAGCGGAGGAAAAUUGGUUGCUGGAAGAAUUUGAGGAAAAGAUUGUAAAAUCUAACAGAGGAGUGAUAAUCAAAGGCUGGGCACCACAGGUUCAGAUCUUAGACCACCCCGCUAUUGCCGGGUUCUUGAGCCAUGGGGGUGGAAACUCCGUCAUAGAGAGCAUGAUCGCUGGGUUGCCAUUGAUCUUGUGGCCAAUGUAUGCAGAGCACUUCUACAACUCGAAGCUGGUGACUCAAGUGCUGAAGAUUGGGGUGGAGAUUGGGCCCAGGGUGUGGAACAUGACAUUUGAUCUCACAAGUCCAGUGGUAGAGAAAGAAGAAUUUGUGAAGGCUAUAAAAUUUUUGAUGGGUGGUUCACAUGAAGCAAAGCAAAUGAGGCAGCGAGCGAAAGAUUUUGAAAUGAAGGCGAAGAAGGCAAUAGAGGAAGGUGGGUCAUCUGAUCGUGAUUUGAUAGCUAUUAUUGAAGACCUGAAAAGGUGCACUUUUGGAUGA